AUGGACAAGGAAGCAGAGAACUUGGGCGGUGAUUCAGAUGAAAGCAGAGAUUUAGAGGUUAGGGAGGACGAUAAUAUUCAAGAGAGGCAGCGGAAGCACAUCGACACAAUAGAUUCAGAUGAGGAGGACUCUUUGUCAACAGAGAGGAGGCUGGAAUCGCAACGUAUUGUAAAUGGCGCUACGAAUGAAGACGGAGAAGUUGGGCUCGAUCAAUCACAUCGCAGGCGCCAAGAGCUUGAGGACAAACUAGACAGGAUAUUAAAAAAGCCAAAAGCACGGAGAUCCAAGAGGGAUGAGGAUGAUUUAGAACAAUUUCUGGAUGAAAGAAUUUUAAGGUUGAAAGAUGAAAUGAAUAUUGCUGCGCAAAAAGACAUUGAAACUCUUAACCGAAGAAUGGAUGGUCAAGAUGAUAAAGCAGUUGCAAUGGAAAAGGUCAAACUAUUACCUAAGGUUGUUAGCGCACUUUCCAAGGCCAACUUGGCAGACACUAUCUUGGAUAAUAAUCUAUUGCAGAGCGUAAGAAUAUGGCUAGAACCUUUGCCUGAUGGAUCACUACCAUCUUUCGAGAUUCAAAAGUCCUUAUUUGCAGCUCUAGAGAAUCUGCCUAUCAAGACCGAGCACUUGAAGGAAAGUGGUCUCGGCAAAGUGGUCAUCUUUUACACAAAAUCCAAACGUGUCGAACCCAAAUUAGCACGUCUUGCAGAUAAAAUGGUAGCUGAAUGGACAAGGCCUAUCAUUGGUGCCUCAGACAAUUACAGAGAUAAGAGAGUUAUGAAGAUGGAGUUCGAUGUUGAGCAACACAGAAAGAAAGCAAUGUUAGACAGUGCAAAGAGUAAGAAAUCCAAGAAGAGAAGACCUGAUGAUACUGAAUCUUCUGGUGCGAAAAGUUUGUACGAACAAGCUGCUGCUAGAAGAAACAGGGCUGCUGCACCUGCACAGGCUACCACAGAUUACAAAUAUGCACCAAUUAGCAAUCUGUCUACUGUUUCCACGAGUCUAAGAUCAAACGGUGUAGGAUCAUCCCUGAAUAACAGUGAAAUGUUUAAGAGGCUAAACUCCCGUCUCACAAAAAAGGCCAAAAGGUCUAAGUAA